AUGGCUAUCACGUUCGUCGCUCACUUGGGGUAUGAUAUCUUCGCCUGGCUUGAACUGGACUUGCUUCGAGAAAAACCUGCUGACGAGGAUCCUUAUAUAGAUGACUUCUUCAUUGUGGUUGGAUAUAUGAUCUCAAUCUGCCAAUGUGUUACAUCGUGGUACUUCAUCAAAACAAACUACGUCGGCAUCCACAUUUGGGAUAUCCCCAAAGACAACGAUCCGAGACCUGGGAUGAUUUGGAACUUUGCAAAUCAGCUCCCCUACAUCCCAGCCUUGACAAUGGUAAAGAUCUCCGUUCUCUUAUUCAUACGCCGACUCGACUCGCACUCACGGCUAGUGAAGUAUCUCGUCUGGAGUUCCUUCGCCGUCGUAAUCGGCCUAUUCCUCGCCGUCCUCCCAGUCGUCAUUUUCCAAUGCCAUCCAGUGAGAUACAUCGCGGCGCUCAACCUCUUAACCGACAUCAUGGUCCUCUCAAUCCCCAUCAUCAUCACCGCACGCCUCCACAUACCCCUUCGGCGCAAGAUCGCCGUAUGUAUCAUCCUAUGUCUGGGUAUAGCCGCAACAGCAGUCGGAUUAUGGCGCAUCAUCGUUCUCGUCCAAGCCACCAUGUCAAAAAGCCAAGGCGCAGACCCAACCUACCACGUCGGCUUCUGCAGCUCUGUGAUCGAAGUCAACGUUGCCAUCAUCGCAGCCUGUGGCCCGUCAAUGAAAGCCAUUAGCACGAGAUUCCGGCCCCGUUUACUUGGCAGUUCGCCCAGCAGCGAGUCCGACAAAUCCGCCUACGGCGCCGGCCCGAGUUCCGGGACGGGCUUUGGGUCGCGCAUCUCUCGAUUCUCGCAUAUCUUUACCAAGCCAACUUCACGGAAACGCACAUCCAUGUACUCGACCGCCAACGGUCGUGGGUAUCCCUCGGCGCCGCCGGCGGCUCCGGUGGACUGGCCGCGGGCUAAUGUCGGCUCUUGCGAUGAGCGGUUUGAUUUGCGCAAGUAUACGCGCGGCACUGAUAGCUCGAGUAUGUUGUAUCUGACUGAUGAUGAAAAUCAUCUUGGGAUUAUCCAGACGACCGAUAUUUCGGUCGGGUACAGUAUUGAGUCGGUGGUGGGGGAUGGGAGUUCCCGAGAGGGGAGAGUAGUUAAUGCUGAGAGCAUAGUUCAACGUGCCAAGCGAUCAUCUGAUAACCUCUACUGUGUAUAUUACUUGAAUCAUUGCACUAUGGCGACCAACUACGAGCUACCAUUCCAGCUAUCCGAUCCCAGUCUGCUACAUUUCGAGUCUUUCAUAGGCGACAAAUGGGUAGGCGCAAAGAGCGGGAAGCGGUUUGAAGUACUCGACCCCGGUAGCGAUAAGGCGUGGGCCAGCUGCCCCGCGAACGCAGCAGAAGAUGUGUCCGCAGCUGUGGAAAGCGCCCAUACCGCAUUCGAGUCAUUCCGCAAAGUCAACCCCCGCCAACGGGCCAAGUGGCUCCUAGAGUGGUACAAUUUGACCGUCGCAGCAAAGGAGGAUCUCGCCAAGAUUGUGACGCACGAGACCGGCAAGCCGUUGGCAGAAGCAUACGGCGAGAUCGACUACUCACUCGGCUUCCUAUGGUGGUUUGCCGGCGAAGCAGAGCGUAUCCAAGGCACGGUGUCAACAGCAUCAGCACCGAACCGACGUAUCUUCACCAUCAAACAGCCGAUCGGUGUGACUGCAGCUCUGGUCCCAUGGAACUUCCCCGUUGCCAUGGUUCUGCGGAAAGUGGGCGCCGCACUGGCAGCCGGCUGCACAAUGGUCGUGAAGCCCAGCCCUGAGACGCCGAUUUCGGCGCUCGUGUUGGCGGAGCUGGCGCGGCGAGCGGGCAUCCCAGCCGGUGUGUUCAAUGUGUUGACCACGGACUUGGAGAACACUCCGCCGUUGAGUGAGGCGCUAUGCAAGCACCCGCUUGUCAAGAAGGUGACGUUUACUGGAUCGACACGUGUGGGCAAGCUGGUCGCUGCGCACUGUUCGCACGGUCUCAAGAAGCUGACACUCGAGCUGGGCGGUAACUGUCCUUUCCUCGUGUUCGACGAUGCGAACCUUGAUCAGGCGAUUGAGCAGCUGAUGGCGCUGAAAUGGCGCCAUGCUGGACAGGCUUGUAUUACCGCCAAUCGGAUCUACGUGCAGGCGGGAAUUUAUGAUCGCUUCGCUGCCCUUCUGAAGGAGCGCACUGCUGCUCUGGUUGUUGGACAUGGUGCGGUCGCUGAGACCACUAUGGGUCCGUUGACGACGCCUCGUAGUCUCGAUAAGGCUACUGCCCAGGUUGAGGAUGCUCGCAGUCGCGGUGCAGAGGUCAUUCUGGGUGGUAAACCUCUCACGUCGAAGCCGGGCUACUUCUUCGAGCCCACCAUUCUCUCCGGGAUGACGGAGGACAUGCUCAUCUCGCAGGAGGAGUCGUUUGCGCCGAUUGCUGCGCUGUAUCGAUUCGAGACUGAGGAGCAGGCUGUCAAGCUGGCCAAUGAUACCAGCAUGGGUCUGGCUAGUUAUGCGUUCACCAAGAACGUCGAUCGCAUGUGGCGUCUCUUGGAAAACUUGGAGGCUGGAAUGAUCGGAAUGAAUACAGGCAAUCAAUCCGCCGCUGAGUCGCCGUUCGGUGGUAUCAAGGAAUCUGGUUAUGGUAAAGAGAGCGGAAAGGAUGUCGCCAUCAAUGAGUACUUGGUCACAAAAACAGGAACCUUGACGAUUGAGGGGCAAUACUGA